CCGCAUCCCUUAUUGCUAUUGCUGCUUCGUUCGAGAGCUCAAUAUUGCUCUACUCUCCCGUUCCGUUCUAUGUGUAAGGGUUAUAGUCGCCGCCAGUCAGCGUUAUUGAAAGACUAUUAGCUGGUGCUUCGUUAGCCGAACGAGUGUGAUCUUCACCUGCGCGCCACGUGCGUAGCAACCACACGUGUCCCUUGCAAUUCGUGCGGUCUUGGCGAGCGUGCUGCAUCCUUCGUCCUCCUGCGAGCUGACAUUGUUGCGGUACAGCUCACUGUAGCCAGCGGUGGCAGACUCCGCAGACCCAUUGCUUGCGCGCUGCUCCCUCCCGGCAUAGCCGUGCGCGAUCCCUUCUUGUGAUCGCUGUCGUCAUGGCGCUGUACCCUCUCUUCGCGCGCGAUGCUGGUCUUGGCUCGAUGGCCGACACGGUGCGUCAGAUAAUUUCCCUUGGGGACGAAGUGUUCAGAUCGCAGGACGAGCCUGGCCGUGCCUUCGUGAGGGAGUCGCGCGCCAUGGCCAACACCGCGGUGGACGUGAAGGAAACGCCGACGGCGUACGAGUUCGUGGCCGACCUGCCGGGACUUAGCCGUGAGGAGGUCAAGGUGCAGCUGGAGAAUGAGAACGUCUUGGUCAUCAGCGGAGAACGCCACCGUGAGACGAAGAAGGGAGAAGCAGGAGGAGUGACGUACCAUCGCAUCGAGCGCAGCACUGGGAAAUUCAUGCGGCGCUUCACGCUGCCAGACAAUGCAGCCCUGGACAAGAUCGGCGCGCAGUGCAAGGACGGCGUCCUCACCGUGACCGUCCCGAAGAUUCCGCCCAAGGAGCCCGAGAAGCCCAAGGUCAUCGACGUGAAAAUCCACUAGCUGAGAAGGACGUACAUGUAAUUGUCGUUUUGGCUCAUGUUUAACUUGGCCGUACGGGUGGGGAUUCGAAAGGUGUGGAGCUUGGCCGUACGGGCGAG